UCUAUAUGUACAUGCAUUAACGGCAACCAAUGACAUUGUUUUACGAGAAAUAUUAAAAUAAUUGUGAGUAAGUAUGUGUAUGCGUGUGUAUUGGUUUCCGCACACGUGCGUGUGCGUGUAAGUCCGUGUUGCGCAAGUAACGCAGCGAGACCAGUAUGAAUCUUCAAGUUAAAGGCUUCACGUAUUCCGUUUCAGACAAUGGAAGUAUUGUGUUACCCUUAGCAGUGGUGUGCGGUGUCCUGGUUCUCAUCAUAGUGGCGCUCAUCAUAUAUAUCAUGGUAAACAAGCUAUCCAGGACGGAUAUGCACGGUGAUGCAUCGAAUUAUACUGAAACGUCAACUCAUCUUGGUAUGCAAACCAUCCCCAGUGGAUCCCAGGGACAAGAUGACCUUACUCCCACCAAUGGCACCAGUGGCACCACCAACACAUAUUCUGGCCUCAGCCAUUACAAUGAGACGAAUGUCUACGAUGGAAUGCAACGUAAUGCCAGUGAAGAUGGUGACGAACAUAGCUAUGGUCGCAUUCCCAGCAGACAAGGACCUGCCUAUGUUAACUCUGGAAGUGGAGUUGGUCUAUAUGUUAACACCUAGAGACAGCACACAAGCUUGUGCUUUAGACUCUUGUAGCUCUAUAGUCACUUUGAGAUCAGCCAGUCUUCUUUAUAAAGGCGAAUAUGUACAUAUAAAGUAUAACAAAUAAACCUUAUUUUGUUAUUUAUUUCUCUUAACGUUGAAUAUAUGUUCCAUUUUCCAUAU